AUUUAGAGUGUGAAAUCAACAAUGCAGAUUUUAUCCUGAUCAUUUAUAGUGCUGUCACUGCUCAUGAGUGUUGAUGAAAUGGGUAUUGCUAUGGUGAUGUCAGUCAGAAUGGCUCCUCUUCUUCCUCUGAUUUUUCUGCUUAUAAUUCACAAGGUUUACAGUAAGGAGGAAGUUGUGAAUUAUAGCCAUCCACACAUCUGUGCACUAAAGAACUCAUCAGUGAUAAUGACCUGCACUUAUACAUACCCUACUGGAUGUAAGAUUGAGAAAGUGUUCUGGACCAAAAACCCUGUAAAGGGUGAAGAGUCUCAAGAUCUGUCUGAGGAUCCUGAAUACAGUCAAAGGCUUCAGUAUCUGGGAGACAAACAGCAGAACUGCACCAUCAGACUGAGUCAUGUGACGCAGAAGGACCAACACAUGUACUGUUUCAGAUUCACCACUGAUAAACCUGAUGUGAAAUGGACUGGUGUUCCAGGAGUGAAUCUUACUGUCACAGAUCUUCAGGUGGAGGCUCCUGAGAGAGUGACAGAGGGUCAUAAUGUCAGUCUGACAUGUAAAAGCAGUUGCACUCUGACUGACAGAGCAAAAUUCAUCUGGUACAGAAACUCACAGCCAUUUGCUGAGAGAAGAGACAGAAACAAUCAACUCCUGCUGCAGUCAGUCAGAAGAGAGGAUGCAGGCAGAUACAGCUGUGCUCUACAUGGACACAGUUACAUCUCUCCUGAUGCUCAGCUCAAUGUCAUGUAUGCACCAAAAAAUGUCUCAGUGUCUGUAAAUGGAUCAGGUGUAAUAGUGGAGGGAGAUUCAGUGACUCUGAUCUGCAGGAGUGAUUCAAACCCUCCUGCUCUGAACUUCAGCUGGUUUAAAAGAGGGAUGUUUGUAGGAUCUGGAAGAGUCUACAGCAUCUCAAACAUAAUUUCUGAUGAUAGUAAAAAAUACAAGUGCAAGACCAUCAAUGAACAUGGAGAGAAAUACUCUGAUGCUGUGACUUUAAACAUCAUGUACUCUCCCAGAAGUGUCUCAGUGUCCAUCAUUAAGUCUGGUCAGUUCUGGGAAGGAGAUUCAGUGACUCUGAUCUGCAGCAGUGAGUCAAACCCUCCUGCUCUGAACUUCAGCUGGUUUAAGGAGAAUCAAAGCUCAGCUGUUGGAUCUGGACAGAGUUUCAGUGCACUACAGAGUGGACGCUUCUACUGUGAGGCUCACAAUCAACAUGGAUCUCAGAGAUCAGAUGCUGUUACUGUCACUGUUAAAGGACAUCUGGUGAUCUUGUACAUAUCCAUUGGAGUGGUUUGUGGAGCUGCAGUUGCCAUAAUGCUGGUAAGCAGAUGGAUUAAAAACAGAAAUGGUGAACAGAAAUCUCAGGUGGAUCAUUCCAGACCUUACAAUGGCCUACACAAAGCUUGCAUUGUUGAGAUGACUGAUCCUGUGUAUGAGAAUAUAGAGGCUACUCAACAUGACUCUAAUACCUGUAAACCUGAAUUGAACUCUUCUGUGUAUGAAAAUAUUACAAAUAAAAAGAAGAAGAGGAUAUAGUGUUUUGGACACAAAGCAAUCAUUUUACACCUUUUAUAAAUAUCUAUGUUAGUGGAGACCUGUUUGAUUGACAGAAGUGUCAUGAUAUGGCUGAAGUAAUUUGUAAAAAAUAAAUAAAGUAAAAGGUUUUGAUAUUAUGAACUGAUGUAAAAGCAUGUAAUCACAAGUGUGUUUUCCUUUACAUUAUAUAUCAAGUUUAUACUCCUUUGUGUUAGAUUUUAAAUGUUUUUAAUAUGU